AGAAUGUCAGACUUUGUAGCAACCGGCCCGGACCCGGAGCCGGCCAGCUAGUCAGCCGUAGAGCAGUCACGCCUUUUGGCGCCCCGGGGGCGUACCGGGCACCCAUAUUCUUUAAAACACAAUGAAAUUUGGCAAGACUUUCGAGUCGCAUUUGACGAUCGAAUGGCGGCGUCAAUAUAUGCGAUAUGGGGAUCUCAAGGUGCUUAUCAAGAGGGGCGUGGAUAGGGCACCUUCGCCCGCCACCACCCCGGAAUAUGAAAUACAGGCCUAUUAUCAGGCCUUCGAGGAGACCUUCCUCAUGGAAUGCCAAAACGAACUGACCCGCGUGAACAAUUUCUUUCUGGAGAAGCUGUCGGAGGCGCGUCGAAAGCACAAUACCUUGAAACUGCAGCUACUGGCCUACUCCCAUGUCCCUGGACACACAUCCAGCGACUUAUCCAUCGGUUCCGCGACACGAACGAACACCAACCGAAGACGCUCCACCGCCGAGAAGAAGAUGACCCAACGGCAGCUGAGAAGUGCCUACAGUGAGUUCUACCUGAGCCUGAUACUCCUCCAGAACUAUCAGACCCUGAACGAGACCGGAUUCCGCAAGAUCUGCAAGAAGUACGACAAGUAUCUCCGGUCUACCGCCGGCGCCGAGUGGUUCGAUCGAAAUGUGGAGUUUGCUCCAUUUACGGACGGACGUCUCCUGCAGUGGAUCAUCGAGGAGGUGGAGGAUCUGUAUACCAUUCACCUGGCAGGCGGAGAUCGGUCUGUGGCCAUGGCCAAGUUGAGGGUUCCACCGUUGGGAGAGCCGACGCCGUCGUGUUUGGUCUUUCGGGCUGGUUUGGCGUUGGGGAUGUUCAUCGUGCUGGUGAUGGCCACGGCGGUUAUAUAUUGGAAGAGACCUCCCACUGCCGACAAUAUACCGGGUUUUAUGCGACUCCACCGCGGACCCUUCACCUGGGUGAUCUUCAACUUCUUCAUGGCCGCCAAUGUGGCCGGCUGGCAGCGGGCUGGCGUCAAUCAUGUUCUGAUCUUUGAGAUCGAUCCGAGAAGCCAUCUGCUGCCGGCCACCUUCCUGGAGAUCGCCUGCGUUUUCGGCAUCUUGUGGGCCCUCUCCAUGCUGGGAUUUCUGCUGCACGAUCUGAUAUUGGUGCCGGAUCCGUACGUCUUCCCGCUGGCCCUCAUCCUGACGAUGCUGGGCAUGCUGGUGGUCCCACUCCCAAUCAUGAAUUGGCCCGCCCGGUGGUGGACGAUCAAGUUAGUGGGUCGAGUGGUGUCCGCCCCGUUCUACUAUGUGAGCUUUGCCGAUUUCUGGAUGGGCGAUCAGAUUAUGUCGCUGGCCAACUGCCUGGUGGACUACUACUAUAUAGUCCGAUUCUAUGCAUUCUGCUGGCUGAGAUCCCAACCGAUGCUCGACUGCAUCAAUCCGGAUGUGAUGGUGCCGAUAGCAAAGUGUUUGCCAGCAUGGUUCCGGUUCGCCCAGUGCCUGAGACGAUUCCGAGACAGUGGAUCCAAGUCGGUGAGCUAUCUGAUCAAUGCCGGCAAGUACUCGACCACCUUCCUGGUGGUGCUAUUCUCAACGCUACGCAGCCAAACGGACGGUGGGUAUGCCAACACCUUCAACAAUCCCUUCACCUGGCUCUUCCUCGCCAGCAACGUGGUGGCCUUCAUUUACAGUUACCUGUGGGACGUAAUGCGGGACUUUGGACUGUUCCAGACCUUUCGCGGUGAGCACAUCUUCCUCCGGCCCCAAUUGGUGUAUCCGGUUCCGGUCUACUAUUUCGUCAUUGUGGAGGAUCUGGUGUUGAGGCUGGUAUGGGCCUUUGAGUUUGUGCUUCUCUAUAAUGACUGGAUAUCGGCCUAUAAUAUGAAGACUAUAACUAGUUUGCUGGAGAUAACCAGAAGGUUCAUUUGGAACUUUGUGCGUCUGGAGAACGAGCACUUGUACAAUUGUGGCAAGUUCAGGGCCACUAGGGACAUCUAUUUGGCAGCCCUGAAUCCCCGACAGGAGCGAAUGCUGGAGAGCAUGAUGGAUGAGACGGAUGGGGUGACCAAUAGACGUAACACCAAUGACCGAACUCGCCUGGGCAAGGAGUACUUCUAGAGCAGAUGCUCUCCAAGCAGAUGUCUGGCCUGAUCCACCAUCGUUGUCGUCAUUAUCAUCACAUUUAAUUAAUUCAUUUCGAGCAAAAAUACAUACAAGUCUUGGGGAGACUGUAGACUGUGUAGGAGCCUGAAGACCGAAAAGCUGCAAGGAGGAGAAAGGGAGCCAGACACGCGCCAAACCGGUUCAACAGCUGCACCCAAAAGCGGCUCAAGCCAGACCCCUCCUUUGGCAGACCCUCCCCUCCUUUGGAACAAUUGUCACUGAGAUCCUCAUCGUUAUACCAGAUCACGGACCAUCUCUUAAUUGACUCGCCUUGAAGCUUUCUGAUUAGCCUCGCAAUUAGCCAGAAGAAUCGAUAAAGGUGAAGAAUCGGA